CGCGAUGAGGUCAUCCUACACCGCCUCUCUUCUUUAGUCGCCCGUCGCACGCCGCGGCCUCAGUUUAUCGAGUCCUGCAGGCCAGGCUGUAUCAUCCCGAGUAGUUUCGGAGCUGCUCCUCACCUUCUGAAAUGGAAUCCUUGAAGAACAAGGUGGUUGUUAUAACAGGUGCAAGCUCUGGCAUUGGCGCAGGAACAGCAGUUUACCUCGCAAAGCAAGGAUGCCGGCUGGUCCUUAACGGCAGGAAUGAGAAGAACCUUAAGGCAACCGUGCAAGCGUGUGUAGAUAUCGGACUCAGUCCCGAGCAGGUGCGGAUGGUAAUAGGAUCAGUCGAGAAAACGGCUGACUGUGAACGUCUGAUAAACGAUGCAGUGCAAGCUUUUGGUCAAAUCGAUGUUCUUGUAAAUAAUGCUGCAAUCGAAAUCGUUGGAACCACAGACACCCUGCCAGUUGAUGAGUUCGAUCGGCUGCUGAAUGUUAAUCUUCGCUCAGUGUUCCAGCUAACUAAGUUUGCUCUUCCACACCUUGAGAAAACGAAGGGUAACAUCAUCAAUAUUUCAAGCGUGGCUUCUACCCAUGCGAUCAAGGGCACUCUGGUCUACGGAGCCUCUAAGGCGGCAGUCGACCACUUGAGCCGCAACAUGGCUCUGGAGAUGGGCCCAAAGGGGGUUCGAGUAAAUUGCGUGAACCCUGGAGUCAUUAUGACCGAGUUCCAGCGGAGGGCUGGCAUGCCCCAAGCUACUUACGACAAGUGGUUGGAAUCCGUGGCUGCUGUCUACCCUCUGCGUCGAGUAGGGAACGCCGAGGACGUUGCUAAGGUGGUGGCAUUUUUGGCAUCCGAUUUAGCAUCCUUCACCACCGGGGAAACUAUCCUCGUAGACGGAGGGCACCACCUGGGUGCUCCUGUCGCACCGUGGUAGCUGCUAACCUCCUAUUAGGAGGACCUCACAGAACCGUCGCACGAAUAAAAUAUUAUUAAACCACCUAAAAAAGAAAUAAAGCAAAACAGAAAACUUAAAAAAA